AUGUGCAGUUAUGAAGAAUCAUACGAAAUAGAUGAUGAUCAAAUAGGAUCAGGAUAAUUUGGAGUUGUUAAGAAUGCCAAAUCAAAAAAGCAAAAGAACUUGAAAAUUUGUGUUAAAAUACUGAUAAAGUAAUUGUCUUUUGGGAAACCUGAACUUGAUAAACAGCAAGAGGGGGAACUUAAAAUGUGCAAGGAUAUGAUAAAUAAGAAAUAUGAGAAUUUAGUUUAAAUUUAUGAUGUCUAUGAUUCUGUUGAUAAGGAUGAUAAGGCUUAUAUAUUUAUGGAGAGGUGUGAUAAAAAUUUACGUUAGUUGAUUGAAGAAUAGAAGGAAAAAAAAGAAAAAUUCUCAAAAGAAAAAUUGUACUGCAUAAUAAAAUAAAUUGUGAAAGGCUAUAUCUUUUUAAUUUAUGAAAAUAUCAUACAUCGAGAUCUCAAACCUGAAAACAUUCUAUGUAAUAUCAAUGAUAAAGAUCUAGCAAUCAAAAUUGCAGAUUUUGGCCUCAGCAAAACUUGUAUCUCUAAUGAAAACAUGACAAAAAGGGUUGGAACACCAUACUAUAGGGCUCCUGAGAUCAGGGAUACCGAAAAUACUAAUGAAAGAGUUUUUUAUGACAAUAGGUGUGACAUAUUUUCAGUAAUCUUCCUUUUAAUUUUAUAGUUAGGAAUAAUAAUAUUUGAAUUGGCCUUACUAGAAAAAUAAUUUAAGUAAAGGGAAAAAGCAAGUUUAUAAGAUUAAACUUUCUCCGAAUUACAUAAAGCUAUAUUAAAAAACGAAAAUUUUAAAUUAGACGAAGAUAUUAUAAAAUUAUUAGAUAAAAUGAUAGUAUAUGAUCCGGAUAAGAGGAUAACAUGGUAAUAGUUAGGAGAACAAUUUGAAAUUUAAUUACCGCCUAAUAUAAUGAUGUAACCAUAAUAAACAUUACCCACAUUUGUUUAAUUUAAUCCAAUUUUAAAUUCAAAACAGACUUCUCCAGUACUUUCUAAAUUUCCUGUAAACUAAUAAUAACAACAUUUCCAAAAUGUAGCUUAAGAAUAGACAAAACCCAAUAUCAUUUAAGAGAAUAUGAGGUUCUAAAAGUAAAAUUUAUUAGAGCCCGGCAAUGAAAAAGAUGAGAAAGAGAAAAUUAGAUUUGCCACAGUAAAAUAACCAUAGUUCAAUAAUUUUUAAUAAUGUGGUUAUCAAAAUUCUAAAUUUCCUAAUGGAUAGCCACUAGGAUAAGGACUAAAUGGAUAACAAAUAUAAUAAGUAUUCAAAGGGUAAUUUCCAUAGCCAACAAUCCAAAAAAAUUAACUUUAAAGUCCACCUUUCUAGAUCCAAGGAUAACCUGUAUUCAUCCAAAAAUAACCUGUAUAAAUCCAAGGAUAACCUGUAUAAAUCCAAGGAUAACCUUUAUAAAUUAAAUUUAAUGUAAAAGACGAAAAAUAAGGAGAGCAAAAAUAAAAACAACCAUCUACAUAAAUCAAUAAUAAUAAUAUAUAAUUUCCUAUUUGCCCAAAUUUUCAAUAAAAUAAUAUCUAAAUUUAGAGGUAUGCGACGACUAAGCCAAUAGGAAAUUGA